AUGUGGUGGAAUUGGUUUCAUUUCGGAGUGUUCACCGUUUUCUGGAAACUCGUAAAUGGAGUUGCGAGAUUUGAGCCAACAACAAUCACUGACAACAGCCUUGUCAUCAAGAUGAUCAAGGCUGAAAACGUUUCCUCAUUCGAUAUGUUGGUUUACAUCUAUGACCUUGAUCGACAAGUCGAAUUCCGAAAGACUGAGCUACGCGGAAGUCAAAGAGAUCAGCUGUUUUCCUUUGAUGGACUCUCACCGAGCACGUGGUUCGCCGUUCGGAUUCAUUAUCGACUUUUUUUUGGCACUCAGCCGAAUGUGGUGUUGAGCGAUUUGAGCACAAAACAGGAAUUGAUCGUUAAAACGAAAACUUCACCAAAAGAGAAUCCGGAAAAAAUCGCCACCGUUGUUGUCCCGGAGAUGCGUUGUGGGAAAGGAGUGAUUAAACCAUUAGCACAACAAGCUUCUCCUAGAGCAAGAUUUCACUUUGACGUUGGCCAAGUGGGGAUGAAAACGAAAGAUUGCACGCAAAUAUGCAUCUUUCCUUUCUUACGGGUACAAAUAACGAAUGGAACCUCAGAGACGUUUCGGGGGAAAGAGUGGUGCGGAACGGUGCAAGAGGCGAACAAAAAAGAACAAAAUCUAUGCAAGAGAAACGAAAUUCACCUUGAAAUGCUCGAAGAAACAUCCACGGUGUUGUCAAUUGUAAAAAUGCCGAUGUUCUCGUCAAAACCGUCAUCGGAACGU